CACAACCAAAAAAUGUCUGCGUCAAAGCCAGCGUCUAGUGAGGAUAUCCUAGGUCAAAAGUAUGAUCGCUGCUUGGCUGACCUCCUCGUCAAGGCGGGAGUAGGCUUUGGCGUAGGCGUCGUAGCAUCCGUCAUUUUCUUCCGCCGACGGACAUGGCCAGUCGCACUAUCUACAGGUUUCGGCUCGGGUGCCGCAUACGCGGACUGCGACCGCUCUUUCAACCCCGCCAGGAUACCCGGCACGCGCAUCAUCUCACCCGAAGAAGUGAAAGCCACUUUUGAUUCGACGACGACGAGCAAGUGAUGAAAGGUGUAGGAAACAAGGUGCAUAUAUACACGCGGCAGGUAUAGGUCAUACACGCAGGGGAUGGGCAUUGGGCAUGCCGUCGUAGACUCGAGGGCUACUAGAAAUGACGAGUUUAGUCUUUCCAAAAUCAUAGAACUUUUCCAUCCUUC